AGUAUCAUUAUCCAUUUGACAUUUGUAUAGCUUUCGUGAGUUGGUAUUGAGUUUCACGGGAGAAACAUAAACAUCGGUCGUAGGUGGAACAAGCGAUAUUCCUGGGUUCGUAAUUAUUUUUCCAAGGUUUCGCGGGAUUAAAAUAUGAAUAUUUCAAUUGAGCGUAGACGGCCAGAAAGUGGUAAUGUACUACCACCGAAAGGAUGGUCACCGAGAGACGAAACGCUGCGGAAAAGCAGUGUUAUCCCGCCGGGAAAAGUUGAUGUAUAUUACUAUGGUUCAGGGGGUGUUGGUAAAAAACCUGUCGAUACAAAGUCGCAACUAGCUCGUCAUUUGAAUGAACCUGUCGAUGUGACACCCAUCGACAUUCAAAGCAACAAAAUCCUUUCAAACACCCAACCAAUAACAUUACAUCGUAAUUCAUCCAAUCUCUAUAAACGUAAAUUAUCAACAAUCGGAUCAACAAGCCUCUAUAGUCCAGGCGGCACUUCAUCAACACUUCGUCACCACCUUGAAUUCAGCCGUGGAUUGAGAACAGAUAUAUCACUGGUACCUCCCAUUCGUCAGACCGCAUCGAUUUUUAAACAGCCGGUAACAGUGCACAAAACACAAGAGGGUAAGGUGAAACAUGAUCUGAAACAUGGCACACAGGAUAAGCCGAGGCAACUUUUUUGGGAGAAGCGACUGGAAGGUUUGCGAUCAUGUGACGUGACCGGCAUGGAGUUCGGCCCGAUUGAUUUGCCAAAAAGCAUUAAGCCAGUUGGACCAAAUGUGAACGAGCAAACAUUGUUGCAAUCGGUGGCGACAGCAUUACACGUUUCCAAUCAGCCAGUUACGGGACAGAUGACAGCCAAGCAGAUACUAUGUGCGAACACUGGUGUGUUCUUGAAUCCCGAUCAGCCAUUGAUGCACUCAGUGAAUGUUUCAGAGGAUGAUAUCAGACGGCAGGAAGACCGAGUUAGCCUUGCUAGGCGCAGACUUCAAGAGGCUCUCAAAGUUUAGUAUCUAAUAUAACGUAUGUUUUUCGUAAUUCAUAAUUAAUCUAAAGUAAUGGUAAGGUAAUAAAAUCACCACUGAAAAUAGACA